ACUUCAAAUUUAGAAAAUAUCAACCAACUCAAAAAAACAUUACUAAGACACAAACACAAACACAAAAUAUGGCAUCAUCUACUCUUGUUUUAGCCACUCUUUUUCUAGCCACUUUUAUUGCCACUUCUAGAGCUAACUUCAACAAUGACUUUACCAUUACUUGGGGAGAUGGUAGAGGUAAGAUCCUCGGCGAUGGGGAUGACUUCACCCUCUCCCUAGACAAAUCCUCGGGUUCGGGUUUUCAGUCUAAAAACGAGUAUCUUUUUGGUAAAAUUGAUAUGCAGUUGAAACUCGUCUCUGGUAACUCUGCUGGUACUGUCACUGCUUACUAUCUUUCGUCAAUGGGAACUACCCACGACGAGAUAGAUUUUGAGUUUUUGGGAAAUGUUAGUGGAGAGCCUUACACUCUCCAUACCAAUGUGUUUGCACAAGGGAAAGGUAACCGUGAAAAACAGUUCCACUUAUGGUUCGAUCCUACUAAGGAUUUCCACACUUACUCGAUCCUAUGGAACCCUCAGAGGAUUGUUUUCUCAGUUGAUGGGAUUCCUAUUAGAGAACACAAGAACAUGGAAUCACAAGGAAUCCCAUUUCCUAAGAAUCAACCAAUGAGGAUUUACUCUAGCUUGUGGAAUGCUGAUGAUUGGGCUACACAAGGCGGUCGAGUCAAGACUGAUUGGACUCAAGCCCCGUUUACUGCAUCAUACAGGAAGUUCAAUGCUGAUGCUUGUGUUUGGGCAUCUGGUUCAUCUUCGUGUGGGUCGGGUUCUUCGCCCUCAUCGAGUUCGGAUUGGCUGACUGAAGAGCUGGAUUCAGCAAGCAUGGAAAGGAUGAAAUGGGUGCAGAAGAAUUACAUGGUCUACAAUUAUUGUGCUGAUGUUCAGAGGUUUCCUGAAGGUCUUCCUACUGAAUGCACUGCUUCAUCCUAAAUGCAUUUACACUAAAACAAAAAAAAAAGAGGGGUUAUUUUGUUAUUAAAUUCUUUAUUCUUGAUUCUUUGUAGCAAAUUAAUGUACAAUCAAAAGUUCAUAUUGUAGAAUUGAUUUUCAAUUUGUGUUCUUUUUCUUCUGAAAGUGUCAACAAUUAAGUCAGAAAUUACACCAUUUACAACAUCA